GGCAGCGGAGCGCCGCUUUGGAUUUCGUAGAGCGGUUGGGCGCCGCGGUGGCGUCAGCGCUGCGGAUGUAACGAUAUCCUGCUUGGUGGCGGCUCGUUGCUGCUGCUGCUGAUGAUGCCGGUAGCGGUGGGAGGAGGAUAUCGAGGAAGAGGUUGGCUGCCGUGACGCGUUAAUCCGUGUCUCCCCACUCCCCACCACCAUCAACCACCAACACCACGGCAUCUACCACGACCACCACCGACCCCCAACGUCGCGAGCCUGACCCAUCAUGAGGCCGGGCGACAGACCGUGAUGGUGCCCUUGGCGGUGAACUCGGCAUGGCCGUCACCCUGUCGCGCUGGCCAGACCCGUGCGGGAUCUUCUGCGCGCUGCUCACAUACGCGUGCGUCGGAUAUGCAGAGUACGCGUGUCUCGCAGCGGUGAUACUGCCUGGCUACUCUGGCAGUGGCUGGUGGCGGUACCUCCACGCGUCCCUCUACACACUCGAUAUCCUCUUCCUCCUCGCUGCCCACACACGCGCCUUGCUCGCCGACCCAGGUGUGGUCCCUCUGCCCGCGACAGCCAUCGACUUCUCGGACAUCCGCUCGAGCGCCACGCGUAACGGCGCGGAGCUGGCCAGCGAGUCGUGGACCGUGUGCAAUCGGUGCGAGGCGUACCGGCCUCCCCGGGCCCACCACUGUCGUGUGUGCCAACGCUGCAUUCGACGCAUGGACCAUCACUGCCCCUGGAUAAACAACUGCGUGGGGGAGCUGAAUCAGAAGUACUUCAUCCAGUUCCUCGUCUACACCGGUAUCGCCAGCAUCUAUGCACUCCUCCUGGUCCUUGCCAAGUUGGUGACGAGUGGCAAAGAGAAGAAACCUGAGGAGGAAGCGGAAAGCCAAGCCUCAGUGGCGCACACCAUCGUCUUACUCGUGGAGUCUCUCCUGUUCGGCAUCUUUGUGAUCGUCAUCCUCUACGACCAGCUGAUGUCCGUGCUGGCCGACGAGACGGCAGUGGAGCAGCUGAUGAAGCAGGCGUCGCGCGAUGCCAGGCGACCACGCAGGAGGAGCGGCAUGGCCGUGCUACGGGAGGUGUUCGGACGCGGUUACAUCGCGUUGUGGCUCUGUCCCUGCGACUCUCCCCCAUCAGAGACCGGGUACAGCCACGUGCCCGACCACGACGUCUGAGCGGACUCUUGUUAGCGAGCCGCCUGCCCACAGGCGCCUCCCACCACGCACGCACACAACGACAACAACAACAACAAAGACAACAACGACAACAACAACAACAACGACAACAACGACAACAACGUUCGCAACGGCCGUCAAUCACCACUAAGUGGCGGUGAUGUCACCGCCACUGAUCUUGCAAUGGCGCUCGUGCCAGGCUCGGUGCACUUUAGAGUCCUCUCCUAUCCCACGUGCUUCAAUGCAUUUCGGAUGCAUGACGAGCGGUAACAUAAUGCCACGUGGAUUCAGAAUUUGUAUUUUAUACUGGAGGAAUGCAAUGCGUGUGAAUGCACCCAUCGAUCGGUUAUUCUGCACGUGCGUACAUUUUAUGCAAACGAUUCCUGCGGGGCUACCGAUCAGGGCGGGCCAGGCGGGCAGUGCAAACGACACGACAGACGUCAGAACACAACAGUACAGACGGGACAUCCAGUAGACGCAACGGAGUGAAGAGCAUAGCAGUUGGGACAUCCAGUACAAGGAGACCUUGAGACUCGGUGAUUCACGCCCGGGUAAAUGAAGGCAAUCAUUGUUGCACGCUGGGGUCUGUUUCACCUCGUACAAAUACAAUGACACUCAGGCCCUCCGGCCUAGUGGCCUUGCGAGGCGUGCUACUCCUCAGUCGCAUUCAUUUCAGCAGCAAACUCUGCACCGGUUUGACUUCUCUGCGUCUCAUCGGCAGGGAGUUGCCAGUUAGACAGAAUCCUACCGAGAUCUUGUGUGAUGCUGUAGGAAUGCUUCAGGGACAUCCCUGACACAAGUCUGAAUCUUUGCCAGUGACAAAGACAUCAGACUUGGGAGUCGGCUUCAAUGCAGUGAUGUCACUUAGAACCGGACUGCGGCUUGCGACAGUAGAGUACUAGCAGCAAGUACAUCUUGCAUGUGUUAGCUGCCAGGGUGUGUUCGCAAAGUAUGCCGGUGGGGUGUCUAAUUAGACCCCCUUGAUUAUCUUCUGCAAUUCAUUGGAUCGUAGGGCCGGUGUGAGUGUUGGUGAUUUUUUGUUGUUUUAAAUCAGCCAGCUGGAUGAAGGCCUCCCCACCCCACCUCCAUCCCUCGCAUCCCCGCGUUUCCUCAUGCACGCACGCGAACUCGACUCAUCUCGUUGCUCCAUCUCCUCCGUGGGGGUCCUCUCGGGAGGGGGGGGGGUUCUCGCCCGCCGACCACCAUCACGUUGCGAUGGUCGCGCCUCUCGCCCAAGCCCCUGCGCGGCUUCUCCUGCGGCGUCGACGGGGAAUUGCGCUUCUCUCCCUACUUUUUUCCCCGACCCGAGCGCUCCACUUUCGAGUCUCUCGGUGCCAUUCCCUCGCCUCGCCGCGCUCAUUUUCUUGCACUUCUCCGCCGGCGGCGGGCACCUGUCAGUGGACCUAGGCGAAGCGCACAUUCACAUGUCGCACGACAGAGCUCCAGCGGCCUUUGCGUACACGCGACCGGGAAUUGAACCCUGGCCGGCGUGCUGUGUGGCUAAAGCACCGCGCGACUGCUCCCCCCCCUCCUCUCCUCUCCUCUCCUCCCAAACCACAUGCGCCCGCUCGCAGGACCGCCAGGCACCGUCAACAUGGAAUUAAUUUGUCCGAGUGAGUUCAAUAAUCUGCGUCAUGAUUGCAUCCAACUGCUCCACCCGUCCCGGCCUCUUGAGUCGACGACGGCCGCCGCCUCGCACACGGCGGGCACAAGGCGCAGCCCCUGCAAGCGCUCGCUCGCUCGCUCGCUCGCACGCCGCCCCAUGGGCGGACGGCCAUUUUAAGGCGCAGGGGAGGACGAGAGAAACGUGCCGUGCCGUGGAGACGGAGUGGAACCACCGACUUUGUGGAUCGCGAGUCCCAAGGUGACAACCAUCGCAGCGCGUCAAAACUCGCGUCUGAAAGAGUGCGGCCUGCCGUCUGUUGCUCUUCGAGGGAGGGAGAGGAGGAAGGGAGAGGGGGAGAGACUCGCAGCCUGAAGCAAACCAAACAGCUCUCUCGUAGGUCGUGAAAUUACAACAAUUACAGUAAUGAUUUGCAGCCCCUGUUGUCCAUUCAUUCUGCCCAAACGCUCUCAGCCACGUGGGUUGUUUGACCAUACUUCACCAUGCUGGUCGGUGCUGAUUGGUCAAGGAGGGAUGGUUUAGGUAUCGCGCCGGUAAGCCGUGACUGGAAAUCGAACUCGGGUCACGGUGAUCAGAGGGCAAUGCGCCAAUCACUGGGCCAAAGCCGUUUCACCCCAGGUAAUGGAAUAACAGACGAAAAUAAAUUAAUAAAUGCCUCUAUCAAUAAACAGAGAGCAGGGUCGAGCCUGUUAAUUAUUGCUUGGAUGGGAAAUUUCAUGGAAAUACCACGGAGUUGUAGACUUGGACUGCAAGGUUUUCCAGGCUGGGCAGUGCAGCAGCGGAUUAAUGAAUCCAUCCUCCACUGCGUUGCAUCAAUAAUUUACGUGUUUGUGUAGGAGAGCCACGCUGCGUUGCAGCGCUUUUUCCGGAGGGUUCUGCAUUGGGUUUUUAUUUUUAAAUGUUUGCAGCUAAUGAACGAUGAGUGUCCAUACACAUGGGAGGAAACCGGAGCUCCCGGAGAAAAUCCACGCAUGCAAGGGGGCAACGCUCUAUCCCCAUACAGAUGGAAACUGAUGGCGAUUAGUCCACCCGCUGUCCCGCCUUCUGGCAAGCCAGGGUAUUGAACAUCCUCGACGCUGACCGGCAUGGCGUUUCACAAUAUCUAUGCGGUGAUCCACGAACAAGCCAGCGGAAGCACAACACCAUCUCAUCCCGUCCAAUACAGAAACUAUCAUAUCUUCUCUUUAUAUAUAUGUGUGUGUCUUGAACACGGUUCGCUGAGCGCAGGCCGAAUGGCACAGAAAGUCAGGCAGCCAGCAACAAACGGCACUCAUCAAAGUUGUUACAAUGUAAGAAUAUAACGCGUUUCUUGAAUUGAGCGAGGUUGUUUUUAGAGCCAUGGUGGCAAAAGAGACGACGGAGAAGUGUUGUUACCUGUGGUGUGGUGAGUGGGCGGGUGAGUGAGUGAGCGGGUGAGUGGGCGGGUGAGUGAGUAGGUGAGUGAGACGAAACUCAGAGUGAAGUUCAUGGGAGCUGUAACCAUGUUAGUAGCGAUAGAAGAGUGUUAAGGAGCCGACUGUCCGCUGAAGGGUGAGUGACUGGGGUGAAUCGGUGAGUGCUGGCUCAUCAGUCAACCUGCCUGCUUCCUCUGCGUUGCAUCAAGUGCAGUGAGCUAGGAACGGUGUCGCCCACCCCAGAUGCGGCAGCAGUAAUAUGCAAGCAAUCGAGAAGCAUUCAGACAGGAACUUCUUCUUUCACGGCACCUACGCACGGAUCCCUCGUCUCGUGUACGGUGCCUUAGUGCGGCUCGGAGAUCUUCGUCCAUCUCCGCUGCGUCCCAAUAAAUCGCGAUGCGCACGUUGCAAUGUACUGUAGACGCAUUGUCUGGCUGACCGGUUAUGGGCUGACGAGCGGUUAAUGCGACGGACAGAGCCCCGUGGAAGAUAAGCGACCCGACACGUGUUGUCAACACCACCGUGGCUUGAAAAGGACACAGAACAUAACCGGUGACGUUUCGGACAAUUUCCCUUUCUUCACUUGCGUGUUAAUGAUGAAGGGUCGUUACCCGAAACGUCACCGAUUACAUACUUUACCGUUUAGGGACACGGUGUUGUAACUGACGUAUGUGUUACACGAGUGUUGUUGAUAACCGUGUUUGUGCACGACUGCCAUCAUCAAAUACAGGGUGCUUUCAAAAAAUGUUCACUUAUAUGGGACUAUCGUUUUGAA